AGCGUUCCAACGCAGGUCACCUGAAAGAGUGCAAGACGGCCCGGGUCAGCAUUGUUCCUUCUAUUGUCCGUCGAUUCGCCCACUGCAGGCGUCGCUGUCAGCAACCUUAGGUAAGGCAUGGAGCAGCAUCCCAGGGCCUUUGUCGGCAAUUCUUGCAGGCCAGGCCAGGCACGGUGGUGCUAGCUCCCCAACUGCCCCAAGCUGAGCCACAGCUAGCUGCGCUGCCACAUGGGGCACCUAACAACGUCAACUGCAGCCUAGCGACCUAGCCUGGUCAGCACUCAGCAGCAUUCCACAACCCCAACUUUAAUCAGGAGCUUCACAAGCGCGCAUCAUCACUCCGCGCCCUCUUUUAAACCGCAUUUACUACCACGGUAUAGAUUCGAGCCCGAAUCUGUGGAACUUGGUGGGACUUUUACAGAAGCACGAAGUCUUGCACAAGGAGCAGCCAUGUCGAUAGUACCAAUCAUCACGUUCAAGGCGGGCAUCUGCGAUGUCGAUCAAUCCUCAAAGCCUUACAAGAUCAAGCCUGACCCCAAGCCCGGCUACGUCUACCUAUACAACGAAGAUGAGCUGAUUCACUUCUGUUGGCGAGCGAGAGAUGUGCCGCUGGAUCAGCCGGAGCUUGACCUAGUCAUGGUCCCUACGGAUGGCCAUUUUGUGACCUACAACACUCGAAACCCGGCCGAGCCCUCUUCCAAGACCAAUGGUCGCAUCUUCGUCCUCAAGUUUACGUCAUCGUCGCAGAGACAUCUGUUCUGGUUACAGUCGAAGCCGCAGGGCAUCCACGGCGACCCCGCCUGGUUUAGUCCGCGGGAUCUUAAAAUCGGCGAGAUUGUCGACAGUCUGCUACAGGGCGAUGAAGUGAACGUGACCCGGGAGCUUGCCUCGGUGCGCGGCGAAAGCAACGAUGACGGUGACAACCGGCGCGACGCCGACGACGAUGAGACGAUGGAGGACGUCGAGGGCCACGGCGACCCCAGCGAUCACCACGAAGGCGGCACGGGAGGUGCCGGCGCCGGCGCCACUGGCGGAGAUUUCCGGAACGAAGGCGAGGACGCCCGAGAAGGAGGGGCGGACGGGGCAAGAGCGGCGAGCUCCGAUGCUGCUGCUGUCGUCCGGAGCUUCCUAGAGUCUCUCAAGGGAACGCCGGGCCUAGGCGCCAAAGGCCAAGGCCAAAGCCAAGCCCAAGGCAAGGCAUAUCCUCUCCUCAACGACCUGCUCGACACAACUGUCGCUAUCCCGAUGCUGGACGCGGCGAGUGACGAGUAUGUCGACAACCUCCUGGCAUUCCUUCCGCCGGCCGUGCUUGUUCUCGCCAAGCAGGGCGGCACGGGCGACGCCGCCGACGCCGAGCCUAGCGCGGAAUCCGUGAAGUCGGCCCGAGAGGCCAUGAGUUCGGGUCAAAAGCGCACGCUGCUGAAGAAGGUCCUCCGUAGCCCGCAGUUCACGCAAAGUCUGACGAGCCUGACGAUGGCGCUCAGGGACGGGGGUCUGCCGAGCAUCUCAGAGGCUCUUGGCAUCGCUGUCGCCAACGGGGGCCUUGUUCGUGGCGGCGCGGUGCCCUUGGGAGGCGGAGACGCCGUGGAGGCUUUUGUUAAUGGCGUGAAGAGGACGGUUCAGAAGCAGUAGUCUACUUAUGUCUAGGGUACGGGUACCUUAAGUCGGUGGCCCUAUACUUAGGCCGCCGGUCCGCCUAACUAGAUUAUCAAACACCGCUAUAUCGGCUGUCCAUCUUGGAGCUGCCCAUAUGGGAGUAGAUAGGUAAUUAGUUCUAGGCCUGGAAAAGGGGAGACGGAAUACAGGUGCAUAGCCGAAUACUUCAUUUUGAUGCGUCUUUGGUCACCUGGGUGGACAGCUCUGAUAAAAACUUUAGUGCUUAUUCACUGGCAACUCUUACUCUUCGAGUCCUAGCCUAGUAAUGUCAUAUUAAGACCGUGAUAUCAGGGAACAUCACGAUGUCGAUGGGGUGUUUCCUCGCUUUAUAUAGCAUGCCACCUCAGUUUUUGGCAGUGCCGUUCAGUUGUUUGACUUUUUGCUGUACCGCGGCAAAU